UGGAUGAAGGCUGAGAAAGAAGCAGCAGCAGCACCACGAUCAGCGGAAUCCCGCAUUCUCACACACACACACACACACACACACACACACACACACACACUCUUACAUUCUCUAUCUCUCUUUCUCUCACACACACACACUCUAACAUUCUCUCUCUCUCACACACACACAUAAACACUCUUACAUUCUCUCAAACAUAUUUUCUCUCUCUUUAUCUCUCUCACACACUCUUUCUCACAUUCUCUCUCUCUCUCUUUCUCACACACAUUCUCUCUCUCCCUCUCUAUCUCUCACUCUCUCUCGCGCUCCCCCUCUCCCUCCCUCUCUACCGUAUCUUCUCUCUGGACCUCAGACCCCAUAGGCUGCAUGUAGGCAGUCUCUUCUCCAGCUCCAGUCGGUGUCGUGUGGAGCUCAGCGCUGCUUCUCCCUCGCAGGAGCGGCUCUCCUCCCGGUGCUCGUCUCUAGAAGACCCCGCCGCUCACGGCUCCAGUCUGUCCGCUGUGGUCAUGCAGCUCCGCCCGAGGAGAGAGGCUCUGCUGUGGCUGCUGCCCGGGCUGCUGCGGCUCUGCAUGGCAUUUGGGCCCAGUAAAGCUGAGGAAGAAGAUUACGAGGAUGUUCCCAUAAAUAAAACUUGGGUUCUAUCACCAAAGGUUUAUGAGAGCGACGUCACCCUCAUUCUGAAUAAAUUACUGCAGGGAUAUGAUAACAAACUGCGGCCAGACAUUGGAGUGAAACCCACUUUAAUAGAUGCAGCAGUGUAUGUGAACAGCAUUGGUCCAGUGGAUCCCAUCAACAUGGAAUAUACUAUAGACAUCUUCUUUGCUCAGUCAUGGUAUGACAGCCGGCUACAGUUCAACAGCUCUAUGAAGGUGCUCAUGCUAAACAGCAAUAUGGUGGGAAAGAUCUGGAUUCCUGACACAUUUUUCCGCAACUCCCGUAAAUCUGACGCCCACUGGAUCACCACACCCAAUCGCCUCCUGCGUCUGUGGAGUAACGGACGGGUGAUGUACACUCUGAGGUUGACUAUUAAUGCGGAAUGCUACCUUAAGCUGCAUAACUUUCCUAUGGAUGAACAUUCGUGUCCUCUGGAAUUUUCGAGCUAUGGAUAUCCGAAGAAUGAGAUUGAAUACAAAUGGCACAGCCGUGCUGUUCAGGUAGCAGACCAGCGCUACUGGAGACUUUACCAGUUUGCCUUUGUAGGUCUGCAGAACACGACGGGCAUUGCUCAUACUCAGUCAGGGGACUAUGUUGUGAUGUCAAUUUUGUUUACCCUGAGCCGGAGGAUGGGCUACUUCACUAUUCAGACGUACAUCCCCUGCAGCAUGAUUGUAGUGUUGUCCUGGGUUUCCUUCUGGAUCAAUAAGGAUGCUGUUCCUGCCAGAACAUCUUUAGGUAUCACAACUGUUUUGACUAUGACAACCCUAAGCACCAUAUCCAGGAAGUCAUUGCCGAAGGUGUCAUAUGUGACAGCCAUGGAUCUGUUUGUGUCUGUGUGCUUCAUCUUCACAUUUGCUGCAUUAAUGGAGUACGGAACACUGCACUAUUUCACCAGCAAUCGGCAGAAUAAGAAGACCAAGACCAACAGUGCACCGAAAUCGAGCAUGGCGAACAUCAGGCCUGGGACGUCUCUGCUGCAGAUGAACAACAUCGCCCCCUACCAUGAUGACGAUGAUUAUGCCUACGAGUGUCUGGACGGGAAAGACUGUACCAGUUUUUUCUGUUGCUUUGAUGACUGUCGCUCAGGGGCGUGGCGUGAGAACAGAAUGCACGUUCACGUGUCGAAAAUUGAUUCCUACUCUCGAAUAUUCUUCCCAACUGCGUUCGGCCUCUUCAACCUCGUCUACUGGAUCGGGUAUCUGUACCUGUAAAAGUAGAGUUCAUUAGAGGGAUGGACUUGAGGUUUGAAAUGUAGGAGAUAUUUGGAAAUCAUUUGGAAAUUAUUUGUAAGUUCUCCACCCUCUUGAUACAGUACUCGACAUCACCAGUCCUCAGUGAGGGUGACUGGAUCAAAGCUGCAGGUGGAUGUUUUACAGGAGGAUGUGUUUUCAGCCUUUGGUGUUUUGUUAAAUAGGUUACAGGGUGAGAAUGUGUUUCUUGAGAAAAGACAGAGGAGGCACAUGUGACAUUUGAAAUUUAGAUUUUUGAUCCAUUACUAUGAUAGAACUUUCAUUAUAAAUUGCAAGGCACCUGAAACAUGUAUAAAAAUACCUGCCUCGCUUAGUGCCAAGCAAUCUUUAAAAGACCGAUGGCGCAACAAAGGCUAUAAUUUUUAAAUAGUCUUGUUUAUCACCUCCAGAGAACAGAUAAAACAUUUCCUCUUUCUAUUUUCUGCACCUUUUUCAGCUUCAGUAUUGCCAAGUAAACAGAGUUACUGCUUCUUUGAAUUUUGAAUCGAACAAAAAAUUACUAACAUCUGCCUGUCCACUAAUAAUAGCUAUUUAGUAGUUUUUAUUGUAAAGGCACAGCUAUAAUUACUUGUAUAUACACUAGUAUUUCAGCUUACUUGCGCCUUAACAAACCAAAGCAUACGUAGUUUAGAAUUUUGUGAAACAAAUUUUGAUGUUUCAAGGUUUGCCCUUAAGCCAUUUUCUUGGAAUUAGCUAAUAAUUACAGCCUACUCAACUUGAAAAUAUGGCUAAUGCUAACACUGUAAUAACUGACAUGGAAAGGCCUCUCAUGUCAUUGCACUAAUCAUUUAAACUUCAUAUAACUGGUAUAAUAAUUCAUAUACACUUGUUUCUUUAGUGUGGUGCAAUAACUUAAAGUGUAAAUCUCUGUCCUUUUGUUCGCAGCAGCUUUGCUCUCUGCAGGCGAAUCAUUUCAUGAGCGUCUCAUUCCUGUUAUCUCAUGACUCAUCAGCAUUCCUGUGGGUAAUGAAUUCAAAUAUUCCUCUGUGAAAGCAGAUCUUGUCUCUCACUGUCUCCUUCUCUCUCACCCAGCCCUGAAAACAUGUCAGAUACACUGAGACAAAAUGGUAAUGGGUUGAAUUUAUUUAAUUUAAAAUAUUUACAGUGGUGUGAAAAAGUGUUUGCUCCUUCAUGAUUUUUCUUUUUUUUUUUGCAUGUUUGUCACUCUUAAAUGUUUCAGAUAUUCAAACUAAUUUAAAUAUUAGUUAAAGACAACACAAGUAAACACAAAAUGCAGUUUUCAAAUGAGUUUUUUAUUAUUAAGGGAGAAAUCUACAAGGCCCUGUGUGAAAAAGUGUUUGCCCCCCAGUUCAAAAAUAACAUAUAAUUGUUGGUUAUCACACCUGAGUUCAAUUUCCAAUUUCUCACACCCAGACACACCCAGGCCUGGUUACUGCCAGACGUGUUCUCAAUCAAGAAAUCACUUGACAAAACCUGCCUGACCAAACGAAGUAGACCAAAAGAAGCUCAAAGGCUAGACAUCAUGCUGAUAUUCAAAGAAAUUCAUGAACAAAUGAAAAAAAAACGUAAAUGAGAUCUACCAGUCUUGAAGAGUUUAUUAAAAGACAUUUAUAUAGUUUUGGGCUUCAAAAGAACCACAGUAAGAGCCAUCAUGCACAAAUGGCAAAACAUGGAACAGUGCUGAAACUUCCCAGGAGUGGCUGGUCGACCAAUAUUACUCCAAGAGUGCAGCGACGACUAAUCCAAGAGGUCACAAAAGACCCCACAACAGUGUUUAUGACUCCACCAUAAGAAAGAAAAUAGGCAAUGUUCCAAAACACAGCAGCAAGUCUACCUCUAAAUGGCUAAAGAAAAACAAAGUAAAGACUAAGUCCUGACCUGUAUCCUAUUGAAAUGCUGUGGCCUGACCUUAAUAAUCCUCCAAUGUAGCAGAAUAACAACAAGAAGAGUGGGCCAAAAUUUCUUCAUAGUGCUGUGAAUGACUCACUGACUACCACAAAUGCUUGAUUGCAGUUGUUGCUGCUAAGGAUGGUCCAACCAGCACUUUUUUCACACAAGGUCAUGUAGAUUUUAACAUUUACGAGUGACAAACAUGCAAAAUAUUAAGAACCCACUUUUUCCCAUCACUGUAUAUCCUUUUCACAUGAAUAAAAUAAUAAAAGAUUACUAAAGCUGUGGCUGCAAUCUAAAACAUCCAAAGCAUAGAGGCUGCAAGCAAGGUAGUGCGGGACUUCUAAUACUAAGUAGUAGCCUAUUAGUCACACUUAUAUACCAGUCCAGUGAGACUUUGUGUUCGGGUCACAGACUUUCACGUGGUAUGUGUGCAGGGGAUUGUGGGUAACUCAGGGCUGAGAAGCACUGCUGUGUCAACAAAAUAGAUGUGAAAUUUGGCUGCAUAUUUAGACUGUAUACUUUGGAACAGCAUUUUAGUGCACACAGCUAAGAAGCCUAGGCAGCCUAAGCUUUGGGAUGCAGCUCCUGUGUUAUAUUGAUUAAGUAUAUUUUAUUAGUAUAUUCAUGUGAAAGUGAUGUAAAUAUAAAUUCAAUGCAUCACUUGUUCAAUCUAUUUAUACCAUCAGUUCCUUGUUAGCUUAUGACAAAGCCAUUGAUGCCUUUAUUAUGUACUUCAAAUUGAACUCUUAAUGUGGGCAAUUCUGCGUCUUUUUGUGUAUAAUCCCUGUUUAAGCUGUCUGUUAUAUGUGUAACAUUUAAAGCAUGAUUCAAUCUUAUUGCGUUACUGUGCUGUUCUGAUGUACUCACCAGUAGUCAUUUUCAGAAGCAGUGAGUGUGUAAGAGUGUGUUUGUGUAUGUGUGUGUAAAAAUGUGGAAGAGAGUGUGUAUGUUGUCUGCUAACACUAUUGUCAGAACGUUUCCUUAUUUUAGUAAUAAGCGUUAUUCGAACGGGAUUAGGUUUACUUGAGGAGGUGGGGUUAUAAUUCAUUAAUAUAGUAAUUAAUUAUUAUAGAAUUAUUCCAAACGUCCUUGGAAUAAUUUGUAAUAAUUUUGUCCAGUUCAAAUGUGAGAAGUAAUUAUUAUUUAUUCAGUGGUGAAAAACUUUACACAUUAUUUAACUUGUCAUAAUCUCCUAAUUUCAUGUUAUUAAUCAUGAUUGGCUGCAGCUGGUAGCUUUUCUCUGUGCCCACAUUUGCGCAAAGUACUUUUUACUGGACAGCAGUAAAGAUGUCAGACUUUUUUGUGCUAAAACGAGCAUAAUAUAAUAUUUUUCAUCUCCAACAUCAGCAAAAUUUUUACGCUUUUCUUAAACAGCUCAAGGAGGUAUUUUUUUCUGCAACAAUGCGUGGCACAGAUACCACGAGUUGUUUAAACCUGUGGUAAACUUUAGGUGUUAAAUGCAGAUGCAUAUGCGUUAUGAACAUGUAUGAACAUGUAGCUGCUAAUAUCCUGUCCAAUAACAGCGUAAUAAGUGCAUAAAUCGAGUAGCCACUCCCAUCUCAUUAAUGUAUACUAAGAUCAUUUAUGACGUGCAAAUAUUUUGCAGAAAAAUAAACAUAUGCAGGGUGUUUAUAUUAAACUAUACAAAUACAAAGCAAGGAAACAAAACAAACACAGGUAAAGUGAAUACAGAACUUAUCAGCAAAACAAAAAAUAACAUACAAACAUGAUCAAGGUUCAAACGUGACGACAUGCAGAGGAUAAAUCCAUGCACAAGACUCAAGAAGAAACAAACCAAACACAAGGACUGCUAUAUACUCAGACACAAACACAAAACACCUGAAAACACAGGACAACAAGGAGGGCGGGGCAACAAAUGAGAAACACAGACACCAGGACAAACAGGCUAUAUGUUUCAUCCCCAUGUUAAACUAAUCCCACCUGAUUCGGGCAAUAGUUUAUUUGUCUUGCUUACAGAAUUCUAUGUGGAAUAGUGUGUAUGGAGUGUGUAUGGUGUGUGUGUGUGAUAGAUAAAGCUCCAUCACAUAUCAUCACGUUGCAAUGUAGUCUCUAUUCUUGUGAUGCUUUUUGUAAACGAUGUAGAGAUCUGUGCUGUGUGUAGUAAGCCUGUACAAAUACAUCUGAAUCACAUGACACGUGUCAUCACUGUCACUGUCAGUGCUUAAUGAACAUUUAGCGCACCCUAUGCAGUACACAGAUUCUAAUAGCAAUGAGUAUGUAUAAAAUAAAGUCUAUUUCUACAGUAUAUUUAUAGGUGUAUAUAAAUAGAUGAUUAAGGCAUUAUGAAAAUGCACCACAAAUGAUAUUUGGAAAUUAAUGAUAAAAAUGUUGAAGCUGUUGCAUGUGAAUAAAGUGAGUAACAAAU